GGGGGGGGAUCAAGACAGGGAUGAAGGGAGGAGGAUGACGGAGGAGGAGUGGGAAAACAGAGAGCACAACAAGGGUUCGCAAAACAAAAGGAGUUCCAGAGGACAGGAAAGCUCUCACGAUAUAGAGCAUCGGGCAGCACAGUUUGAAGGAUGGGCGGCUUUCCAGUAGUACUGCUCCUCUGCAGUUUCCAAGUGCUUAUUGCUGUUGUUUGGGCCCAACAGGCAGUGCAAGAAAUCACUUUCUUUGAAAAUGAUGCAACGCCUGAACCACCACAAGAAUGCAGAGAGGAGACGUACCCAUGCACUAGGAUGUACUCCGUCCAUCAGCCAAUAAAAAGGUGCAUCCAUUCCCUGUGCCUCUACAGCAUUCCCCGGGUCUACGUGAUCAACAAAGAGAUCUGCGUAAGAACGGUGUGCCAGCAAGAGGAAUUCCUCCGAGCGGAACUGUGCAGAGAGAGAUCUGGUUGGCCAAAACGCCUUCAGAGGUCAACCAAAAAGCGCUGCCGCCGCAGGAACUCCAGGACCUGGGAAAAUAAAAACUGACCAGAAACAGGGGAUAAAACGCCAAGACAUAAGUAACACAGUGUUACACAACAUAAAUAACCAAUAUAACCUGCCUUGAAGUCUAAAGAAAUCAGCUGUGUGGUUAAAUCAUUGGAAAAUGUCUUCAUUUCAUAGUUAAUACCUUUCAUAUUCUGUAAUCAAUAUACAUAAUUUUACUCAGUGUUCUCAAUAGUUAAUUACAUACAGUAUGCAUAAAUAAAUGGUGCUGAAUACUGGGGGGGCACUGCAUGAGAUUUUGCUGGAAUGCACUGAAGCAAGCUGUGCUUUUAGACAGUAAACGUAAUGCAAACAAACAUUUCAGCUGGAAAUACUAGUACUGUGAUAUGCUUGCACCUUAUUCAGUAAAAUUGUUCAAAGAACAAAAAUGGAUUUUUUUUAAUAAUACCAGUAAGAGCCAUAUCACUGGAGCACUUCUACCAGACGUACAAUUUGAAGUGGAAACCAAUCAUAUACAAAUUUGCAAUAAUUCAAAAAUAGUUUAAAAUUACUAGAAGGUCCCCACUGAAAGGACUAAAUUUGCAUUUCUAUUUAAAUCACUACAUUCCUGUAAACUACAGCACACAGUGAAACCUGACACAAGUACUGCAGAAGCAAAAUUAAGAUAUUGGUUUAAAAAAAUAAAUAAACCCGAUUCAUGUCUGGAAAUGUACCUUUCCCUGUACCAUUUGUACUGUAGCUACAUUGUCAGCAUUUUUCCAAUAUACUCAAAGGUUGUUUUAAACUGUAUUCACUGAACAUUUAUAGCAAAAACAAUAAAUACGUAUAGAAAAAAAA